CAUUGGUUUGAGGGAAAGUCCAUCUUGAUUUAACCAAAAAAAAAAAGUUUGCGUUUUAUCUUGUAGUAGUUUCUUCGGUUUCUUUUUAAAAACUUAACAAAUAAAAUUGAAAAAAUUAUAAACAAAAAUGGAUUAUCUUCAGAAACUAUGUUCUGAAUCUGUCGACAUUGAAAAUCAUGACGAAAGUAUAAUAGAAAGUUCACAUGAAUUUUACUUUCCCAAUAUGUGUCAUAUUUGUCGUUGUUUUGGUGAAGAAGCUAAUAUUAAUCUAAAAAGAUGUGGUGCUUGUCAAAUGAUAUCCUAUUGUUGUAAAGAUCAUCAAAUAAAAGAUUGGUCAUCACAUAAACAAUUUUGCAAAGUAAUAUGCCAGAUAAAAAAAGAAUGGAAGGUUAAUAAUGUAUUUCAAUCACUAAAAAGCAUUGCUCAAAAAAAGGCAUUAAUCUAUUUGGAAGAUGAUGUUGAUAAACAAAAAUACCAUCUUUCACUUAAUAAUUUAAAUAUGCGUUUGGUAAUAGAAACUGUUACAUUACUACGGAGAAAAUUAACAAAAAUUGAAUUUCAAAUGAUUUCAUUUCCAAGAAUUUGUACCGUUUGUUAUGAAAGUAAUUCUGAUCUUCUUAUAAAUUGCAAAAAAUGUCCUUUAUCAAGCUUUUGUAAGGAUCAUUUAAAUUAUUCUAAUCAUGAAAGUGAAUGUAAAAAAAAUAUCGCUUGUUUUAAUACAGUGAGAAGUAUAUUUUAUCGUUUAAAAUCAUUUACACUAUUUGAUAAGAUGAUGAUUGAUUCUCCUUAUUAUAAUGCCACAAAGAAAUUGCCCUCUUCAAUGUUAGAAUUUAUUGAAAUGCGCUCGUCAACAGAUUUAACUCAAUUUGGAAAAAGUGAUGUAAUAAAUGUUUCAGAAGACAUUAAAUCGACAAUAUUUAAACGUUUAUUAUCAGAUCGAUUUUCAAGAGGAUUUACAACACUUUUUGCCAUUGAGAAAUUGUCUCUUAAUAAUUUACAAUCAAUGGUAAUACACAUCGUUGGAUCAAAUAUAGGUGAAACAAUUGUCACCGAUUGGGAAGUGAUAUUACAUUUUUUGCCAAAUUUGCAAAAAUUACAAUUGAUUUUUAUUGGUCCUGAUGUGUUCUCAAAUUCGAAAGAAACAAAAAUAGUUUGUAAUCUCUGCAAAAUGGAAAAUAAAAAAUUAAUAUUUGAGACAAGAAAAACAUUGUAUCAUGAUUAUUGUAGAGAAGAGAGUUUUUUAAAACCUGAUUUGAUUGCCUGUUUUGAUCCAGGUUUUCACGUUUACAAAACAUGGAAGAAAUCUAUAAAAGUUUUAAAUAAAGGACAAUGUCCUUUAUUAGUAACAGCUAUACACAAUGUUGAAGCGUGUAUUGAUAAAUGUUACAUUGAUUCUGAAUAUCCUUCUGCAAAAUGUAUUUUUAACGAUAAUAAUCCUUUUGCUUAUAUUUGUUAUCAAAGGCAGGAUAUUUACUAUCCUAUAGCUGCAAAUAAUCAAUGUUUGUAUAUCUAUGAAUCUCUUGACAAGAAAAAUAAAACCACCAAGUGAUAUGAAAUUUUUCUCUUCAUCAUCAUUUUUACAUGAUUGGGUUGCAGACUUCAAUUUUCACAUGAUCUUAAAAAAAAGUGAUGAAUAUUCUUUUAAUUGAAAUAACUGCGUUUUGUUCGUCUUCUUCAUUGUUUUUUAUUCGCAUUUGACUAAAGUCUAAAGAUAUAUUGUUUAUGUUCGUUACAAGUAUGAUUUUAAAUAAUAAUAAUACAAUAAAAAUAAAAAAAAAAAAAAUUUUACAUGUUCAUUUAAACUGUUAUUAAUAACACAAUAUGAAUACAUAAUGUAAAAUUCACAAUUAAAUAUGUAGUACCUAUUUAAAUAUUUUCUAAAAAAAAAAAAUAUUUUAUAACUUGAUAACAGUUUAUGUGCCAAUGUCUACGAGUCGUACAAUUUUAAGCGUUUUUGUACAUCUACAAAGGGUGUCAAUAAAAAUUACUUUUAAAUAGUAAUUUAAAUGUUAUUAAAUGUACUUAUACAGAGGAAAAGUUUAAUUAUUUAUGAAUGAUUCAAUGUUAUUCAACGAAAAUCAUCGCCGAGGACUGUAAAAAAUAAAAUAUUUUCCAAAAAUUAUUUUGUGAGUAUCAAUAUUACGAAAUUAAAAGAAAAUUAUUAAAACUAUUCUUAUCUAUUGUGAAAUAUUGAAUAUUUAAAGAGUAAGAGAUGCUGAAAAGUUGGUAAAAAAAUAUUUAUGAAAAAAGAAUUUA